CUUUUACACACGUUAGCCUCCCCCUACACACACAUUAGUGCAGCCGUGCUGAGCACCGCGCCGCGCAGCGCCGGGACCCGGGUGUUUUUACAGCCGCCGAAAUGCCUCCAAAGAAACCCGCUCCAGCCACAGGCAGCAAAAAGACCCAGGAGAAGAAGAAGGAGAAGAUUAUUGAGGAUAAGACGUUUGGACUGAAGAACAAAAAGGGAGCCAAACAGCAGAAAUUCAUCAAAACAGUCACACAACAGGUUAAAUAUGGGCAGCAGAACCCACGGCAGGCGGCCGAAGCUGACAAGUCUAAGAAAACUGACAAGAAGAAAGAGCUUUCUGAGCUGAACGAGCUCUUUAAGCCUGUGGUGGCAGCGCAGAAAGUCAGCAAAGGUGUGGAUCCGAAGUCAGUGCUAUGUGCUUUCUUCAAACAAGGCCAGUGCACCAAAGGAGAUAAGUGCAAGUUCUCCCACGACCUGAGUCUGGAGCGGAAGGGUGAGAAGCGCAGUCUGUACGUGGACGGCCGAGAUGAAGAUCUGGAGAAAGAUACCAUGGAGAACUGGGAUGAAAAGAAGCUGGAGGAAGUUGUGAAGAAAAAGCACGGAGAGGAGGAGAAAAAGAAAGCCAAAACUCAAAUUGUCUGUAGGUAUUUUCUCGAUGCCAUUGAAAACAACAAAUACGGUUGGUUCUGGGUCUGUCCCGGCGGAGGGGACAACUGCAUGUACCGCCACGCCCUGCCGGCGGGAUUCGUCCUGAAGAAGGACAAGAAGAAGGAGGAGGAUGAAGAGGAGCAUAUCUCCCUCGAGGAGCUGAUCGAGAAUGAACGAUCUGCUCUGGGACCAAACGUCACUCGUAUCACUCUGGAAACGUUCCUGGCGUGGAAGAAGAGGAAGAGGCAGGAGAAGCUGGCUAAAGCUGAGCAGGACAUGGAGAGGAAGAAGGCAGACUUUAAAGCAGGCCGAUCGUUCGGAGUCAGUGGGCGCGAGGUGUUCGAGUUCAGGCCUGAGCUGGUUGAUGAUGACGAUGAGGAAGCUGUCGACACCAAAUACAAUGGAGAGGAAAAUGAUGACGAGCUUUGUGAAGAGGUUAAUGAGGAAACAGAGUUCCAGGACAUCGACAUCGCCAGGUUCGUUCCUAAAGAGGUGGACAACACGGGGAUAACGGUGGCAGCAGCCGACAGGUUCACAUCCCGCGUCCCGCCCACCAGAGAGACAGACGACUACAAACUAAGCGAAGCUUCAGGAGGGGCGGAGAACGGAGAACACAGCGAGGACCAGACGCUGGGAGAGGACGGGGAGUGUGCGGAGGAGGAGGAGGAGUCGGAGGCGGUGCCUGUGGACGAGAACCUGUUCACUGGAGAGGACCUGGACGAACUGGAGGACGAGCUGAACACACUGGACCUGGAGGAAUAAGGCCCAGACGCUUCUUCACCCUCUCCAUGAACUCCAUACGAGGCUUGAAGUGACUGACUGACUGACAGACAGUGUUCUUUUUUUCCACGAAUUCCCACCAACACCACCAAAACAGCCAUAACAAAAUCCUGGCCGUCUGCUGUUCUCCCCGGCUUAACUCUCAGAGCUAAAAGAACGACGAGGAAGAGGAGGAUGAAGAGGAGGAGGAGCUGAUGUUCGGCUUUAUUCCUCCUGAUCUGGGUCACUGUCGGAAGCCCAAAUCAAACACAGGCAUUUUGAAGGGUUUUGGAUCCUUCUGGACUCGAGGCUUUGAAAUAUUUAUCGGCUGUUGAUCAUUUUUCGCUCUACAUUUCAGUUUCAAAUGCGGUUUAAUUAUGAAGUGCAUUGGUAAUGGUCUAAGCGCUAAUCUUGCGAUGCUAAUGCCAAUCAAUCACUUUAGCCAAUCACUUAAGUUUUUUCCUGUAUUGAAAUUUAAAGCACUCUAUAAUUCGGCUCUUAUAUCACUAUAGUUUUCCCUUUUCCUUUCUUUUGUUCAGAUGAGGAUAAUUAUUUUGUGAAUUGGCUGCUAUUAUGAUUACAGUUGAAUGAUCUCUGUGCUAAUUUCAUUUGAGAUUAUUAAUAAUCCAAACCAGUAGUUCUUAACCUUGGUCCUGGAGAACGCUCUAGCCUGCACAUAUUAGUGUUUACUCACUACACAACACUAAUCUACCUAAUCAGAUCAAUAUUGAGCUCGUUUCUGAGUUGAGGUGGUAUGUAUGAGGGUAUUUUUACAUCUAAAAGUUUGGAUCAAAGUCUGAAAACUAAACUUCAUAUAUAUAAACACAUUUAAUCUGGUUACUUUGGUAUAGUUUCACAUUACACUCACAUUGCUUUUUAGCUUUUUGAAUUCUCUAUGAACUGUCGUACUGUCGUCAUUACCUACGUGGGUGGAGUUUCCCUAUACUUCACAUUGAUUGAUUGAUUGGGUUGUAGAAAGUAAAAAAAUUGGCCUUUUUUUAAGGUAUUGUGCCAAAUUCUUCCUCCCUUUCUUCAAAGUGCAGGUUUGUCCCCCAGCAGAAUGAGUGUAAAACAGAUUCUCAUCAGAUUCCUUUUAUUAGUGUAUAUAAAUAAGGAUUAAUCUACAGUUACAGUAGAUACAGAAUCACCAGCACUGUAAUCUGUUGUAUUCACAUUGCUGUUUGAGGCAGAUUUUAGCACAACACCUCUUCUUUUUCAACUUUGCGUAAUUGAUCUAAAAGUGAAGGUGAACCAUCUAGGAACGUUUUUUUUUUCUCACACUGCAGAAGAACUUAGUCAUGGUUUAUUUAGAUCAAGAUUGAGACCUUCUAAUUUGGUUGCACCCAAUGUUGGUCCUUUGAUUCAGGGUGUAGCUUGUGGUAUAUUUAGCUUGUUAUAAAAAUCCCAACACUUGGAGCAGGCAACACUAAAAUGUGCAGGAAUGGGAGUUUCUUCUCUAAGACCAGGGUUGGGAACCACUGAUAAAAAAAAAAUAAUAAUAAUAAAAGACCUGUCCCACAAAUACCUUGUAUGUCCAAAAUGACAACCUUUGACAAAUGACAAACUUUCACUCGAACUUUUACAGUGCUUUAACAGUUUUAAUCCAGAUCAUUUUGGAGCAUCUUGGAUUGUUUUUGGUUUCAUGAUGAGAGGAUCAAUAACAGACAGUUAAAAUCAGCAGAAAUGGAGAUACAAGGGUUUUUGUGUGACAGCAUCAACAUUAUGCAUGAUUGUAAAUGGGGAUCAGAAAGUACAUGGUGGUGAACGUGUGUCAUGCUCAGAUCACUUUUCCUCUCUAAUCGGGACUGAACGUGGGGGCGGUGUCCGCGGGGCAGAGCGUCUGGAGUUCUGGGCCGGUCGGUUCUGUUGGUUCUGGGUUCCGACACUGUGGGCGGAGCUUCAGAACGGAGAGGGUUCCAGGUCUUUCCUGCAGGUUUGAAGUGCUUUAAGGAUGGAGAGGAGAGAAGCCAGAGAGUGGAAUGUGUCUGUCCUCGUGUCUUCAAUUGUUUUAAAAAUCCCUUUCACCAACAUGCCAAGACAAAAUGUAAAUAAAAGGAUAUCAGAGACUAAA